UAGCUGAAGUCCGUCAGAAAACUUUCAAAAACGGUGCGUUUCAAGGGAUACAAAGCAGCGGUUGCAACUUCCCGCUCCGUUGCUCUAAAUCCUAAACUAAAAUAAAACCCUAGCCAGUGGCCGGUGAUCACCAUGGCGAUGAAAACUGCAGAAGAACACGAAGUGGGUAUCUCCUGCUUCAUUUCCGACCUUCGUGGCUUCCGCGGAAUUUUAAAGCAAAGGUAUUCUGACUUUAUCGUGAAUGAAGUGGACAGAGAUGGAGCAGUUGUUCAAUUGUCCUCACUUGAUGCCCCUCUAGAGGAGCCAGAGGAAAAUCGAACCAACACACACGACACUGUUGUUAGUUAUGCCUCUCAGAUUGAAUCUUUCAAGUCUCUUGCUGAGGAGUAUGAUGCAAUUCUUUUGGAAGAAUUUAUUAAUAAGAUUAAUGCCGGUGGAGAAGAUAGUGUUUCUCCCAUUGUUCUUUCUCCAGAUUCUGAUAAAUCUCAUAGAAAGGCAAUGCAUAACUUCUUUAAGGAAAACUUUAAGUUCCUGGUCACUGAUGUGGUCAAUGGACCCGAUGCUUCAUCGAAAUGUAUCCGUGUGAGAUUGAAUUCUGCUGAACCAAACAACAAAGGCAAAAACUCCAAGAAACGCAAAGAAAGAGAUGAUAAGCCUUUUGACAGCCGAGGUUCAGAAAAUUGGCCUGAAAAUGUUGGCAAGUUCCUUAGGUUUCAUCUUUACAAGGAGAACAAAGAUACACAUGAAGCCUUGGGGGUUAUUGGAAAUAUGCUCAGCAUCCAGCCAAAAUCAUUUGGAUUUGCGGGUACAAAGGACAAGCGUGCUGUCACGACCCAAAGGGUUACUGUUUACAAGCAGCAAGCAAGUCGGCUAGCUUCCCUUAACAAGCGCUUGUUUGGUAUUAAAUUGGGUGAUUUCUGUUAUGUUAAGGAAGGACUUUGUCUUGGCCAGCUCUUGGGAAAUCGAUUUACAAUCACAUUGCGAGGUAUUGUUGCAGAUUCUGAAGAUAUCAUAAAAGCAUCUGCAGAUGCCUUAGGAAGGCAUGGCUUCAUUAACUACUUUGGUCUCCAGCGUUUUGGAAGUGGUUCUUUGCCAACUCACCUUAUUGGAGCUGCAUUACUCCGAGGGGAAUGGAAACUUGCUGUAGACAUGAUCCUCGAUCCAAGAGAUGGAGAGAAAAGUGCAAUAGCCAAGGCACGUAAGUACUAUAAAGAAAGUAGUGAUGUUGUUGGGACACUUAAGCAGUUGCCUCGAUAUUUAGUUGCUGAAAGGGCUGUGCUGCAAACUUUAAAAACGUCUCCUGGAAAUUAUUUGCAGGCUUUGAAAAGUAUUCCAAGGACUCUGAGAAUGUUGUAUGUUCAUAGUUACCAAAGCUAUUUAUGGAACCAUGCUGCAAGUAAGAGGGUGCAAAAAUAUGGAACUGAAAAUGUAGUAUUAGGGGACUUGGUAUAUUGUAAAGAAAAUUCUACUGGUAAGGUUACAGAGUUUGUUGGAUCUGAAUAUGCUGAAGACUGCAGGGGUAGGUAUGAUUCUAAUAAUGAAGAUGAAGUCUCUGGAGAGAUUCAUGAAGAAAUAAAUAGCGUCAAGGUUAUCGAUGCUGAAGAUCUUAAUUCAGGAUGUUACACAAUUGAUGAUGUAAUCCUUCCUAUGCCAGGUUCACGGGUAAAAUAUCCAACCAAUCAUAUUGCCAAUGUUUAUGAAGAUUUAGCAAAAAAAGAUGGAAUCAGUUUAACUGAAAGCGUGCAUAAUGUGGAGGAUUUCUCAAUAACUAGUAUCACUGGAUGCUACAGGAGGGUUUUUCAGAAGCCAAUUAACUUUGAAUGGGAAUUACUUUCAUAUAGUGACAGUAGUGAGCAAUUGGUAGACACAGAUUUAGACAAAAUUAACAAGUCUAAGCCUAUGAACACUGUCAAACAAAUGGGUGCAGCAAAUGGGAAAAAUGAAGAAGCCUUUGAUUGCAUUAGAGAAUUAGAGAGCUCUGAUGACAUUGCAAAGGUUGAGAAUUAUAGUGAGAUUUUAGGUGAGGAAGUAAAAUUGCCACAUGACGAAUCUCUCAUUGGCUCCAGCUCUCAAGAUUCCCAAAUCGCUCUAAAAUUGAGCUUUACUCUUCCUGCUUCAUGCUAUGCAACAAUGGCCAUAAGGGAGCUGCUGAAGACUUCAACAUCUGUUGCAUAUCACAAGACAUUAAACCAAUAGUAUGCACACAGCUACCUCAUGUAGCAAUGUUUUCUGGAAGAGAAAGUGAUUUAUAGAACAGAGAGAACACCGCAAAGAGAAGUUUCAGUUCAUGAUUCUAAUUUUGUGGUGUUAUAAUAUCUUGUCGGAAGAGAGAGCAAAAUUGUAAAAUCCUCUCUCAGGUACUCUCUGUAUCUUGUAUUCAUGUUGGAGAACUGUGAAAUUUAACACUAACAAUAGUACUGCAGAAAAUUUAAAUUUAAAUCUUCGUUUUUUGUAUGAGAAGAUUUCCAUGUGUCUGAUUUUAGCACCUUGUGUGUGCUGUCCUUUUUGUCCAUUCUAGCAGUAACAUACCAUCUCUUUGCUUUCCUGUUGUGGAUUUUUAGCUGCCACUUCUCAUUCCAAAGCUUUCCUAGACACAUGAUGUAGUGAUCAGUUUGGCUAAAAUUUAGGGUUAUGCCGUAAUGAAUAUUUUGUACCAUUGUUUGGAAAUUGAACAUCUGCUCUCCUUGUCAAUAGUCGAUUUGGUGUCUUGUACUUGUGAAGUGAGAGCACGCAUUCACAAGGUUUAGUUGUACUCACAGUCUCAGACCAAUUUUAUCUUCCCGAUUGUGCUUCCGUCUU